AUGAGUAAUUCUACCUCGAACGCGCAAACCCCAACCAUCGCCGCUUCCCAGUCCGCUACGCCCGCGAACAGCUCCUCUGCAGGAUCGUCCGCCACCGUGGCUCCUGGAUCGGCUCAGCCCACUGCCCGCAGCUACGCCAACGCGACCAAGAAGACUUCUUCUCCGACCAUCGCGUCCUCGGCAGCGCCGCCCGUGGCAGUGGGAGGCCCGCAGAGCGCCCAGCAUGGAAAGAGCUCAUCUGUAUCCCCGGUGAACGGCAGCUCCAUCAAGCCUGCUCUUCCCACCAUGCCCACCAUCGUCAGUGGCGGGCCCAACGGCAAUGGCCCUGAUCACACUCGCAAGUCUUCUGUCCAGAUAAAAAACCCGCCCAGUAGCACUGGUCCGCCCAGCGGUAUCAAGUUUGGCUCGCUCGCCGCCUCACCAGCGCCUGCGCACGCCUCGCCUGUGGUCCAUGGAAAUCUGAACCCCCAGGUCCAGAACCCGCGCGUUGCCUCGCCAGCCCAUUCACCCUCGCCUAUUCCCACGCCCAUCUCUGGAGGACCCAAGCCUGACGGGCUCCCUACGCGACCAAACUUGGUCUUUGGCGGUCAGGGUGGUGAAGGCACUGAGCCCAACGCUCGCCCCAUUUCGAUGCCUCCUCAACCCAAUUCGCUCCCCCAGGCUCAACACCUGCGCCGCGAGUCCUCCCAGUCCAGCCACAGCGAUAUGAGCGGUGCAAACAUGAACCGCGGCUACCCACCCCAGGGCGGCCGGGGUCGUGGAAACUUCCAGCCCCAUUACAACCCCAACUCCCCACAACCUUACCGCUCGCUGCCCCAGCAAAUGGGCCGCGGUAUGGCGCCUCCAUUCCAGCCCCAGGGCCCGAUGCCGCGAAACUCGCCUUACCAGCAGAAUCGUAGUCCUGCCAUCACCCCAGCAACUAUGAAUCACCAAGCACAUCUCGCAAACCCACAGGCAAUGGGCUACUACCCAGGACAACAGUACCAACAACCGAAUAUGUACGGCAUGCCUCCGCAGGCUCUCGAUCCAUACCAAGGCUACUAUGGCCAAGGCUAUGGGUUGCAGCAAUCGAUCCACUACCCUGGUGUUCCUGCUAGCCCGGGUCGCGGCCAUGGCUUCCCACAGCAGAUGCAGGCGCCCUACGGCGUGCCCAAUCCCUACGGCCCACCCCCUCAGGCCCAGGGCAUGUCUCGCACUCCCUCUAACAUAUCAGAGCGGCCGUCGUCUGCUGUCCCUCAACCUUCUACACCUGCAAUGACCAAUGUCAACCACAUCUCACACACGCACACUCCUAGUGUAACUGCUGCGAGCCCAGCGCCAAGCAUGACGUUUGAGCGCCCGAAGAAGCAAAGCAAAGCCAUCUUAAUCAAGAAACCUGAUGGAGAGGUUGUUGACUUCAACAAGCCCAAGUCACCAGCUGUCGUGUCCGCACCGCCUCCAGCCCCCCGUUCGCCCGCCAUUGCCGCUACACCGACGCCUCCACCACGAGCUCCGAGUGCCACCGACUCUACACGCGCUGAAGAAGCUAAGACCGCCAAGGAGAAGCAGGCAGAGUUUGUCAAGCAGUUUCAGGAGACUCUCCGCCUCAAGGAAGAAUCUGAGAAGAAGGCCAAGGACACCUCCGAGGCUGACACCAAGGCCGAGACUGAAGCCGACCAAAAGGCCAAGGAGGAGGCUGAAGCGAAGGCCGCUCAGGAGGCUAAGGAGAAGGAGGAAGCCGAAGCCGCUGAGAAGGCCAAGACUGACGAAGCAGAGAAGAAGCGUCUCGAUGAUGAAGAGAUGGAGCGUAUGAUUGCGGAGAUGGAGGAGGAGGAGCGCAAGCGUGAAGAGGACGAAAAGCGCUACGCAGAAGAGAAGAAGCGCAAGGCCGAAGCAGAGAAAGCUAACACCGCCGAGAAGGUCAAGCAGGAGGAGGAGCGUCUACGUAAGCUAGAGCGUGAGGCCGAGGAGGCCGAGGCAGCGCGCGAGGCAGAGACUCCUGAGCAAAAGGCUGAGCGCGAGGCUAAGAACAAGGACCUCUUCGCUGGCUUGAAGAAGAACACACAAUUCGGUCCAGCCGCGACGCAAGCCGAGGACACCAGCGGCGAUUCAACCCCGGCAGAGUCCGCUCCCAUCGCCACUCCCACGCAAUCGAAACCUCUCAGUGCUACAAAGCCGAAGCCUGCGGCUCUCAAGCUCGAGACCAACAAAUCUGUGGAGCCUGCCCAACCCACUGCGGGUAUGCAGGCGCUCAAGUCGGCACGUUUCCUCCAGGUUCGCGCUGAGCUGGUCAAGUAUCCCGAGGGUAUCCUGUCUCCAAAUCCCGCUCUAAAUUUGGGCAACAAGAACAAAGGUCGUCAGUACGACAAGGACUUCUUGCUCCAGUUCCAAGAAGUCUUCAAGGAGAAGCCUUCAGUCGACUGGGAUCUUAAGUUGAAAGAGACAGUUGGCGAUGAGCCUUCUUCCGCUCGCGGCCCCCCGUCAGGUCGUCCUGCUUCCAUGAUGACUGGCCGACAGCCUUCUCGCUCGGGCGCCAUGGGUCAGUUCCAGGGAUUCAACCAGGCUCGCACACUUCCUCCAGGUACGACUUCAGAACAACGUUUCCAACAAGCUCAGGGACGUGGUGGCUCUAUGACGAAUCCUCUUGCUCAUGUUGUCCUAGGUGGUGGGCGUGGUGCGUUCCCCAUGGGAGGUGGUCCCCCAAUGGCGAGGACAUCUUCUUAUACAAGCAUGCCACAUGGUGGCCCCAACUCACCUCGUGUGGGCAGCUCACGCGGUAAGGGCGGCGGUAGUCGCCGGGGUGGAAAGAACGACGUUCAGGAGGCGAAACAAAUGCCUCUUACUGCUGGUCAAGAGGUCAAGGCACUCGAUCGGUCUCAGACUGGAUGGAAGCCUCCUUCGGUCACUCAACCGGCACAAGCACAAGCACAAAUCGUCGGUCAUUUGGGACCUGAGCUUGUCCAACGGAAAGUGAAGGCCGCUCUGAACAAGAUGACGCCAGACAAAUUCGAUAAGAUCUCCGACCAGGUUCUUGAGAUUGCCGCGCAAUCCAAGGACGAGAGCGAUGGCCGCACCCUCCGUCAAGUCAUUCAGCUCACUUUCGAGAAGGCUUGCGACGAGAGCCAUUGGUCAUCCAUGUAUGCCAAAUUUUGCAGCCGCAUGUUGCAAACCAUGAGCACCGACAUCAAGGAUGAAAACGUAAGGGACAAACAUGAUAAUCCUGUGGUCGGCGGUGCGUUGUUCCGUAAAUAUCUUCUCAACCGAUGCCAGGAAGAGUUCGAGCGUGGAUGGGAGGUCAAUCUCCCUGAAGCCCCAGAAGGCAAAGAGGCACAGCUGCUGUCAGAUGACUAUUACAUUGCAGCUGCCGCUAAGCGCAAGGGUCUUGGACUGAUCCAGUUCAUUGGCGAGCUGUACAAGCUCGGCAUGUUGACUCUCCGUAUCAUGCACGAGUGCGUCCUCAAACUUCUCGAUUUCGAAGGCCUACCUGACGAAGCUGCUAUUGAGAGCUUGGUCAAGUUGCUCCGUACAGUCGGAUCAACCAUGGAGUCUGCCGAAGCUGGCCCUAAGAUGAUCAGCAUGUACUUUGAGCGGAUAGAGAAGGUUAUGAACAUGGAGGGUCUUCCAUCUCGUCUGCGAUUCAUGUUGCUAGACACCAUCGACAUGCGCAGGUCGGGCUGGAAGUCUAAAGAUAUCCUCAAGGGCCCAAAGACGAUCGCAGAAAUCCAUCAGGAAGCUAUCGCAGCUCAACAGGCUGCCGAGAUGGAGCGAACGCGUUCCAACCAGCGCGGUGGUGGAGGUCGUCUACCAAUGGGUCGCGGCGAUGCUCGCUCGUUCUCUGGUGGUGGUAUGAUGCCCCCUCCCCAAGAUACUGGCGGUCGUGUACAAAUGGACGACCUUCGGAAGCUGUCCAAGGGUGCUUCUGGUCGCAACCUCAACAACGCGGGAGCCCUUGGCCCGUCCAUGCUUGGUAACCGUAGCGGCAGUGGUCGUCGUGGCCUUGGUCCCGGUAUGAUGGGUGGUCGAGGUGAUGAGUCUGGCGCCUCCUCGCGGACCGGCACUCCACCAGUUCAGAAGGAGAAGGAGUCAACCACGCAUGCGAAUGCUUUCAGUGCGCUAGCUGCUCUAGACAACGAAAACGACAACGCUGGUGAAGUUGGCUCUCCACCUACAACUACAGGGGAGUCUGCCGCCGCCACGGAGGCCAAGCCAUCCGAGUGA